CGUCACUUCUCUUCCGGUUCUGUUGCCGCUGUUCGGCUUGUGAUGUAGCAGUUCAUGCUAGGCAGGACUGAAUGCGGUUCUGGUGGGAAUGUUACCGCGUAAUUUCAACUUUAUGUAUCCGACAGACAUGUAGUGGCGACUGUAGACUGAACACCGCAGCUUGUUUUGUGUUUUUAACAGUAAUUUUGUCUGAAAAACCACCAGACUUCACCUGACUGUAGUUUACAAACAAUAAUUAACGUUCCGGUGCGCAGCGUCACAAACAACACAGGACGUCUUCUGUCCCCCAAUAAGUUAAUACGACGACUCCCCAAGACCAGUAAAAAAAAAUGCCAUCAAGAAAUCAUCUUGACAAGAUCGGGAGGAAGAAGAAGAAGAAGUGGACAGAGGAGGCCAUGGAGCGUGCACUAAUCGAGGUAAAGUCGGGAAGGUGCACGGUGAGACAGGCUGCCAAGGAGUUUGGAGUCCCUAAAUCUUCACUGGGGGACAGAGUCAGUGGACGGGUGACACCAGGGAGUCGCAGCGGGCCCGCUCAGCUUAUAACAUCUGCAGACGAGGAGCUGUUAGUGGAGUUCUCUUUAUACAUGUCCAAGCAUGGAUUCCCACUGACUAAACAACAGCUGGUGUCCUUUGCUUCAUCCAUUUAUAAGCGGCAGCACCGGAGGGUGGCAUUUUCUAAACUAGGCCAGACCUGGUGGCUCAAUUUUAGAAAACGGCAAGAAAAGAAUAUUGCCAUUCAGCCAGCAGACAAUGUUGUCCGUGGGAGGACCGCAUGUGUGAGGAAGGAAGCAGUGGAUCAGUUUAUUAAUUUAUUGAACACUGUCGUGGACGCUCGUGGGCUCAGACACAAGCCUCACCAAAUCUUUAACUGCAAUGAAACAGGCUUCCAGCUGGGCAGGAAGAGAGUGAUUCUCCCCAAAUCUGCCAGUCUGGGCUACAAGCCAACACCAGGCUUGAGAGACCACAUCUCCGUCCUGGCUUGCUUUAGCGCAGCUGGAGAGGACAUUCCCCCAUUUAUUGUCUACUCAAAGGCCUAUCCAGGGGGAGUAUGUUACAAGACACAAGGACCUCCAAAUGCCCUCUAUGGAUGGUCAGAUUCGGGCUGUAUCAACUCAGAGCUUUUUAAGAAAUGGUUUCUCAAACACUUUCUCCUGCACGCACCGAAGGAGCGUCCGCUGAUGCUGAUUUUUGACGGACACAAGUCUGCUGUGAACCUUGAGGUGGUGGAAGCAGCUCGUAAAGAGGACGUCAUCCUUCUGUGCCUUCCGCCUCAUUGCUCUCACAUCCUGCAGCCACUCGACGCUGGUCUCUUUGUUCUCCUGAAGCAGCGUUUUGCAGCCCUCACAGGUGAUGGUUGUGCCACUGAUACUCACUUCGCAGUCAGUAAGAAGGAGUUCUCAGGUGUAUUUAAAGGGACGUAUCAGGUAGUGAAGGAGGAGGAGGGCAUUAGGACUGUGAAAGAAGGCUUCAGGAAAUGUGGCAUCUACCCACUGGACCACUUCACCAUCACAGAGGGUCAUUUAAUGCCAUCGCACAGCAUGGGCCCAGCAGCUGGACCCUCUUUGUCCACAUCAGUACAGGGUGUGCACACUGUAGGAGACCUCACAGUUGCUGGACCCUCCUCCGAACUCAUUACUACCCAAGAAUAUCAGGCAGCUGUCAUUCAGGAUCAUUUAACUAAACCUAAAUGAACUGGUUCUAUCAUUUGCAAUACUGAAUGAGUUCACUCCUGCUUGAGUAUCGUGCACCAUCUCCCCCGGCCUCCCUGCAGAGCGCCCCGUUUGUUAGCUUGCCAGAAGAAAGGGGUGUGUUAAUUACAUGCCAACAGUCAGAUUUAGAAGUUGAGUAAAAAUGUUGCACAACAGUGGUUCCCAAACAUGGGGGGGAUGGAGUAGGGGGGCAAUAAGAAAGAAAAAUAUCAAUUUCUGAUGCACAAAAUUGAAUUUCUCUAUUUAUUGCAUUUUUCUUGUGAAAUUCUGGAUACAUGUCCAAAUUAAGGCCAUAACCUGUGAGGAGGGAUCAGAUGUAGACUCUGCUUUAUUUUAGGGGAUCCCAAGCUAAAAAGAACUACUGCUGUACAACAAAUUAACCUUAGCUCUGUCAUUUUCUGUGUCAGCUAGCUAAGCUAAUUAACAUCAAGCAGUACGAACAGAGACAAAGUUGUGCUUGAUUUCUUCAUUGGUGGAUCCUAGUCAGUAAGUCUAGAAGGUGUCUGCUGUGAGCUAGCUUUCUAAUUCUGUUCUGAUUGACAGAUUGUUAACAAGUGUUAUGUUGUUUGAGUUUGCAUCAUUACAUGAACUAGUACAUUGUGAAAAUGUAGUUGGAUAAUAAGGAGAAGAUCUACUCAUAAAACUUGUUACUAACUGAUUCUCCUUUGUGGUGUUCAAGCCUGCUGUGAAACACGAGGGGUUAACUGUUUUUUUUUAUACUGAUCGAAGGGAAACGGAAACAUGUCUUUGAACUCUGUUCAGCUGUGAAUCUCUUAUUCCUUUACUUGCGUAUUCUGAAUGUACUUGAUUCAUUAAGUAGUUACAAAAGGAAUAUUUAUUCACACAGAAGAAUGGUCCCUGCAGGGAAAACAGAGUAAAAUAAUUUCUUACAGCACAAAUGUGUCCAUAAGCUUAAUAAUUUACUAAAGGGGGUUGUACUUGUGUUUGUCGUGUACAUGUUCAAGUCAGGUGAUAUAAUAUCAAUGCAACAGGUACAGCUGACAACACUACACAGGCAGGGGACACUACUGCAUAUAUCAAUAAUCAUACUCACUGUGUAAAUAGUCAAUGGAUGUUUACAUCUGUUUACCACCAUUAUUCUACAGUAGCUCAAACAGACAAACUGCACUACAGAGCCUGUUUUGUCACUACAUUGAAUAUGUACAAGGAAGAAGAAGUAGUAAUAGUCUGGUUUGUUAAAAGUAUGAAGAGAUGUGAAAUUUGGACAAAUUGGAGGACCACACGUAGUAUUUAGCAGAAGAGCCAACACAGCGUGUCAGCCACCAUAGCUUCUACUAUGCGCUUUCAAAGGGAGGGAUCAGUGGUGACAGCAAUUUAGUUGCAAUUCACAACCUUCACCACUAAAUGCCACUAAAACUUACACACUGAGCCUGUAACACACAAUCACAAAAAACUGAUGCAUGGCAAAAUGUUUACACAGCUCAAACUGAUUUAUAUUUAUUUUAUAAUUUAUAAUAUUCAUUAAAAAGCUGAAAUGAUUUGGAAUUGAAUGGCAAAUAAACAGGUGUGAAAGGAGUUGUGUGCUUCGAUGGGAAAUAAUUUCCGGAAGACUUGUAUUCAGAUUAACACUUUAUCGACCAGCUAAAGCACAGGUAACCCUGCAGUGUUCUGUGGGUCUUUAUGGAGGCAGCUGUCCAGGGCGAAGUGUUUAUAUAUGUUAAAAUCAUGAUGAUCAUUUGUGCCUGAAGCGUUUACAUUUUAUUGUUUUUGUUCACUGACACAACAUAGACAAAGGAGAAUUUCAGUUUGAGUUUCAGAACUGACACCACAUUGUUCCUUGUAUAGCAAUGGGUCUAAUAGGCAUAAUCAAAUAUCACAUGGUGUCAUUUCUUGCUUGACUGCAUUUUCAACCCAAAAAUCAGACACAUUCUUAAUAAAAUACAUAGAAGAA